ACGUACUUUUUUCCUUUUUACCUAUGUUUUAAAGGCAUCGUUCCUUACCUUCGUCAACUUCAUCAACAAUCCAAUCUUAUCAAAAUUCAGUAUUCAAUUUGCAAUAUUUACUAACUCCGUAAAAGCCAUCAGAAUGACGCAUAUCACUAUACAACCGCUUCAUUUCACAGAAAACCACGGUGUAAACUUUGGUGCUAUUGUUCAUAAUGCGAACCUUGAUAAUCUCACUGAUGCGGACUUUGAGAUUAUUCGCAACGCCCUCUUCACCCACCAGCUUCUGGUUUUCAAAAAUCAGAGUCAUGUCUCGUCCAAGUCUCAAUUCGAACUAACGCGACGGUUUGAUCCCGCUGCAACUUCGUACGGACACGGGAAAACAAUCGAUGCCAAGCGUAGCAUCUUGCAUCCGGAUCUCAAAACGAUUCCCCAUCAACCUCAGGUGCAAGUUAUCGGGAAUGGGUUCGUGUCCGAAUAUGAAGGUCUGAGGGACAUUCGGCUUAAGCAUCCACAUCAUAAAACGUUCCAUGCAAGUGCCAUUUCGGCUGUAGAUGAUCUCAAUUUCACACGUUUCUACCGGUGGCACAUCGAUGCUGCUCUGUACGGUCUUGCACCACCCGUGGUGACCACAUUGCUCGCGGUUAAAGUUCCUGGAGGCCGCCGCCAGGUUUGCCGCUAUGACGAUGGGACUGGCGACGAGUUGGAAGUUCCUUUAGGCACCACGGCGUUUGUUUCGGGCUAUACUAUGUACGAUCUACUUUCUGAUGCUGAUAAGGAGUUUGCCCGUACGUCUUUUGUUGAGUAUGCGCCACAUCCUUAUGUGUGGAUUAGCAACGCAAAAUCUCGUUCUGAUGGGCUGGGGAUGGUUACGCAGGGGCUCGAAAUACCCCUGGACGAUUUACCACCUAUUGAGCAACACAAGAUCCAAAUCCUACCUAUGUGCUGGCGUAACCCAGUAACAGGAAAGCUUGCUCUUCAGGUACACCCGUCGGCGGUUCGGAAAAUCCACCCAGCAAACGGGACUGUUAUCGAUGACCUCGGCAAAGUCCGCGAAAUCAUACAUCGGCUCCAACGUCCUGCUAUCGCACCAAAAUUCGUUUAUGCUCACGAUUGGGAAGAGGGCGAUUUUGUGUUAUUCCAUAAUCGUGGGCUGCUUCAUUCAGUAGUGGGAGCAUUUGCAGAUGACGAAGUCAGACUGUUUAGGCAGUGCAAUGUUGCAGCUAGUCAUUUUCCUGAGGGUCCCAUGCUUGGGGCCUAAUAUGUGCUUUAGCAUAUGCUGCCUUCUCCGACGUUUAACUUAUGGAAGGCUUCUAUUCUAGUAGUGGUUAGGUUAAUCGGUUUAUAAAUGAUAUUCUAAGAACUAAUAUGAAAGUCACGUAUGCAGUUCUCAC